AUGGAUUCGGACUCGGACUCCCCCUUUAACUACUCAUGGCCUUCCUUCCCCAAAAUGAAGAUUCGGCGGAGGGCGUCCAAGCAAGAUCACUCUUUUGAUGUCUUCAAAAAAUCCAAGCGUUCCCCAGCAUUCUCUGCUACAGGCCAGCUCUCUGACGUGCUGAAUGGUGGUGAUGAAGUUUAUGCCAACUGUAUGGUGAUAGAUCAGGUUGGCGAUUUGGAUAUUAACUACAUUAACAUAGAAGGUAUCACUACAAACACCUGCCCUGAAUCGAUGGGUUCUACUCUGGGACCUCAGAGCUGCAAGCAUAUCCUUGCUGCAGAAACCAGCCAUGGAAAAUACCCGCUAAGUGAGAAGAAGGAAGUGGCCUCAAGUACUGAAGCUCGGCAGUCCUUUGCAUCACCAUCUGGUUCAUAUGCUUCCGAUUUUAAUCUUUCUUUUGGUCUUCAUGGAUUUGAAAAGGAGCAAAGUCACCUAAAGAAAAGAAGUUCCAGCCUCGAUGCCCUGGAUGCCGACAGUGAAGGGGAGGGGCAUUCUGAACAUUCACACGUUUGCUACACUCCAGUGUCUCAGAGUUCCUCAAGAACCGGGAUCCCUAGUGGGGAUGAAUUGGACUCUUUUGAGACCACCCCUGAACCAGAUUUUAGUAUCUCCAGGACCGAGUCCCUUUCUUUAUCAAGUAACCUGCAGUUGAAGGAAUCGUUACUUUCUGGAGUCCGCUCACGUUCUUAUUCCUGCUCAUCGCCCAAAAUUUCUUUAGGAAAAACUCGGUUGGUGCGUGAUUUUACGUUGUGCGGUUCUAGUGAAGAGCAAAGAGCUUACAGCUUACCGGAGCCACCAAGAGACAAAAGAAUUCAGCAAGAAGAAUGGGAUAAAUAUAUUAUACCUGCCAAGUCAGAGUCUGAAAAAUACAAAGUGAGCCGAACUUUCAGCUUUCUCAUGAAUAGGAUGACAAGCCCUCGGAAUAAAUCCAAGACAAAAAGCAAGGACGCCAAAGACAAAGAGAAACUGAGCCGACAUCAGUUUGUCCCUGGAACAUUCUCUGGGGUUCUACAGUGUUUGGUUUGUGAUAAAACGCUCCUGGGGAAGGAGUCAUUCCAGUGUUCCAACUGUAAUGCAAAUGUACACAAGGGCUGUAAAGACGGUGCCGCUCCAUGUACCAAGAAAUUCCAAGAGAAACAUAACAAGAACAAGCUGCAGACCACCCUUGGAAAUUCUUCAUUCCGAGACAUCCCGCAACCUGGUCUCUCCUUGCACCCUUCUUCCUCCAUGCCUAUUGGAUUGCCCACUGGGAGAAAAGAAACUUCAGUGCAGGUGCAUCCAUUGUCCAGAAGUGUUCCAGGCACUACCUUGGAAAGCUUCAGAAGGUCAGGGCUAUCCUUGGAGUCUGAGAGUGACGGGAACAACUGGAGAAGCAGGUCUCAUUCCGAUGAGCUUUUACAGUCUAUGGGCUCUUCUCCUUCCACGGAGUCCUUUUUAAUGGAAGAUGUCGUGGAUUCUUCUCUGUGGAGUGACCUCAGCAGUGAUGCCCAGGAGCUGGAGGCAGAAUCUUGGAGCCUGGUGGUGGAUCCCUCGUUUUGCAGUAAGCAGGGGAAGGAUGUCAUCAAAAGACAGGAUGUCAUUUUUGAGCUGAUGCAAACAGAGAUGCAUCACAUCCAGACCCUGCUCAUCAUGUCCGAGAUCUUCAGGAAAGGGAUGAAGGAGGAGCUCCAGCUUGAUCACAGCACCGUGGAUAAAAUCUUUCCUUGCUUAGAUGAGUUACUUGAAAUCCACAGGCAUUUCUUUUCUAGUAUGAAGGAGCGAAGGCAGGAGUCCUGUGCUGGUGAUGACAGAAAUUUCAUCAUCAAUCGCAUUGGAGAUAUUCUGGUACAACAGUUUUCAGAAGAAAAUGCAAAUAAAAUGAAGAAAGUAUAUGGAGAAUUCUGUAGCCAUCACAAAGAAGCCGUUAGCCUCUUUAAAGAACUCCAACAAAAUAAAAAGUUUCAGAAUUUUAUUAAGCUUCGAAAUAGUAACCUUUUGGCGCGACGCCGAGGAAUCCCAGAAUGCAUUCUGCUAGUCACUCAGCGUAUCACGAAAUACCCUGUCCUGGUGGAAAGGAUUUUGCAGUACACAAAGGAAAGAAGUGAAGAACAUAAAGACUUGUGCAAAGCUCUCUGCUUAAUUAAAGACAUGAUUGCCGCUGUGGAUUUAAAAGUCAGCGAGUAUGAGAAAAACCAAAAAUGGCUUGAGAUCUUGAAUAAGAUCGAAAACAAAACCUACACAAAGCUCAAAAAUGGCCAUGUGUUUAGGAAGCAAGCACUGAUAAGUAAAGAAAGGACUCUGUUAUAUGAUGGCCUUGUUUACUGGAAAACUGCCACAGGUCGUUUCAAAGAUAUCCUGGCUCUCCUCCUAACUGAUGUGCUGCUCUUUUUACAAGAAAAAGACCAGAAAUACAUCUUUGCAGCUGUUGAUCAGAAGCCAUCCGUUAUUUCCCUUCAGAAGCUUAUUGCUAGAGAAGUUGCUAAUGAGGAAAGAGGAAUGUUUCUAAUCAGUGCUUCAUCUGCCGGUCCUGAGAUGUAUGAAAUUCAUACUAACUCCAAGGAGGAACGGAAUAACUGGAUGAGACGCAUCCAACAGGCAGUAGAAAGUUGCCCAGAAGAAGAAGGGGGAAGGACAAGUGAAUCUGAUGAGGAGAGGCGGAAAGCUGAAGCAAGAGUGGCCAGAAUUCAGCAAUGUCAAGAAAUCCUCAGUAACCAAGACCAACAAAUUUGCACCUAUUUGGAGGAGAAGCUGCAUAUCUAUGCUGAGCUCGGAGAAUUGAGUGGACUUGAGGAUGUCCAUCUAGAGCCCCACCUCCUCAUUAAGCCUGACCCAGGAGAGCCUCCCCAGGCAUCCUCAUUAGUGGCAGCGGCACUGAAAGAAGCUGAGAGCCUGCAGGUUGCAGUGAAGGCCUCACAGACGGGCGAUGCAUGCCAGUCAUCCGAGGAAGGUUGCGGAGAAUCUGCCUUGACAGAUACGCUGGGUCCCCCUGACGUGCCAGGAUCUUCUACAGCUUCACUAGUCACAGAAAGGACAGGAGGAAGAGGCUGUUGGGAUGUGGAUCCUGGGACCCAGGGUGUGGGAACCGACCUGGCGGUCUCUGAUGCAGGGGAGAAGGUGGAAUAUAGAAGUUUCCCAGGUGCUUCACAGUCAGAGAUUAUACAAGCGAUACAGAAUUUAACCCGGCUCUUAUAUAGCCUUCAGGCGGCCUUGACCAUUCAGGAUAGCCACAUCCAGGUCCACAAGCUGGCUCUCCGGCAACAGGAGAGCCUCUCCCCAGGCCCGUCUUUUCGAGGGGGCCCGCUCUUUCAGGACCAGGAGAAGUCCCGCCACCUGGAGAAGCAGCGGGAAGAGCUGGCCAACGUCCACAAGCUCCAGUACGAGUUCCAGCAGGAUCAGCGGCGCUGGCACCGCAGGUGCGACCAGCAGCAGCGGGAGCAGGAGGCCAAGGCGAGCCGGCUGCGGGAGCGCGAGAGGGAGUGCCAGUCCCAGGAGGAGCUGCUGCUGAGGAACCGCGGGGAGCUGGACCAGCAGCUCCAGGAGUACCAGCAGAACCUGGAGCGGCUGAGGGAGGGCCAGCGCCUGGUGGAGAGGGAGAGGGAGAGGAUGCGGGUCCAGCAGAGCCUGCUGUGUGGCUGGAAACACAGUCGGCAGAGUAGCCUUCCCGCAGCAUUUUCUCCAGGAAGCACAGAGGUAAUGGAACUUAAUCGAUCUGAGAGUUUGUGUCAUGAAAAUUCAUUCUUCAUUAAUGAAGCUUUAGUACAAAUGUCACUUAACACUUACAACAAAUCGACUCCAUCGGGUGUCCAUCAGGAUGCCACUUAUCCCCAGAAUAUAUCUAAUUCGGAUUUGGUAAGGACUAGUGAAAAUCAAGUAGACCUCCACCUGGACGUUUCUCAGCCCUUGGAUGUCAACCAUGAACUGUGGACAGCUGCUGGGUCCUGUCAUCAGAUACCCCCUCUCCACCAAAGCAGCAAGGAUUCUUGUAAAAAUGAUUUGGACAUCUCCCAGACUGAGUUUCCAGCCUCCCAGGACUCACAUCCACAUGGCUCUCAGCGGCAGACAUUUACGGCUGAAGCAAAGCUAAAUCUUCAGACAUUGACUGGACAAGACCAGGAGACUGGAGAUGACGCUGAAGAAAACAUUGUUUACCUCUAA